AUUCGACUCUGGAACUUCGUGGUCAGGUUCUCACAAUCUCGUUGAUCCAACUGGACUGGAUAUUGCUCUGAGCAGAUGUCUUGAAGGUCAUUGUGUUCAAAUAGCAGACACUGAAGUGGAAGUUGUGUUGCGCCAGUUGACAGUACGUACACAUUCAGUUAUUGUGAAUAGAUGUGCCAAAUUGUGGAGAUUAAUUGCUAGUUGUUUUUUUUUAUUGAAGACCUCAGUUGAUGAAAGUGAUUUCAAAAUCCUCAUGGGAAUUUGGGUGGAAAAUAUACAACACACAAGUAUGAUGCUAAUGAAAUUUGUAAUGUCAUCUGCUCAUCCAAGUGAUGCUUUCUGUUUUUGAAUCGUGACAUAUACUUGAGCGGAGCUUUCAUUAUAUGCCAGCGGCCUUAAGUUUUUUAGUACUUGAAAUAUCAAUUCUGCUCUCCUUCCUCCACUUUAAUCUUUCCAUCAAAGUUUAUAGCCUGAGAAAGUGUUAAAGUAUAGUGAUACAUAAUUAUACAGGGUGUACAAAAAAAACCUGAACAGAUUUGAAAUUGCUCUCAAUUGCGCAAAACAGCCAUUAGUAUCUAGUUUUUUAUGUAUAUAGCUUCUUUGGGUACUUAUAAGAUAGAAUAAUGAAAUUCUGGUAGGUAGAAUAAUGAACUCAAAUUUUGUAAACCAGGGGGGGGGGGUCUUUUCCAACAAACUAAAAAUGGCUUGCGCACGAAAUUUAAAAGCUUUAAUUGUAUUUUGAGUUAAUGGAUGGAAAAUUUGUUGGGUUUUUAAUUACUGCACAAAAUUUCAGACAAUCUGCUUUAGUUUAAGUCCUUUAACUCUCCAUUUUUCCCUAAAAAAUCAGCCUUUCACAUGCUUAAUUAAUGCCUUUACCUAAUUUGCAUAUUGCUGCCAUAUGCAAAUUGGGCAAAUGCAUUAAGCAUGCAAAUUGCUGAUUUUUUAGGAAAAAUGUAAGUUUGCGUGAAUAGUUGAAGGGCUUAAACUGAAGCAAAUUGUCUGAAAUUUCGUGCAGCAAUUAAACACCCAACAUAUUUUUCAUCCAUUUACUCAAAAUACGAUUAUAGCUUUUAAAUCUCGUGCGCAAGCCAUUUUUAGUUUGUCGGAAUAGACACACCUCCCUGGGUUACAAAAUUUGAGUUCGAGAAAUUUUUUCCAUUAUUGUAGAUCAUCAUUAUAAGUACCCAAAAAAGCCAUAUAUAUAAAAAACUGGAUACUAAUGGCUCUUUUUCGAAAUUGAGUGCAAUUUCAAAUCUGUUCAGUUUUUUUUUAUACCCUCUGUAUAGGGUUACAGCGGCUUAUGUCUAGUUAAUUUGGACGAGUUUAAUACUCCCUAGACCUUCCCACAACUACAGUACCUGCGUUAUCAACACAGCCACCUACUCAGAAUAAUUCUGAAAGCCCUGCUUGAGCGUGAAAGAUUUCAAAUUGGCAUAUCAAAGUAUUCAACUAAUUGAACACAAACAAACAUUGUUACUUUGCUCUCUGUGUAAUGGAAAUUCAAGAAAGAUGCACUUAUGGGAAUAAUAUGUUUGCAAUUUGUUGUAAGUCAUCUCUUUUGGAUAUUUAAACCUCACUUUAGUUCUAUAUUAUGGCUGUUUGUAACACACAAAUAGUUAAGGAAAAAUUUAGUACAACUGAUCUGAUGUACUGAUUUUUGUCAUAUACAUGUAAUGGUCGUAUAGUUGUCAAUUUUAUGGUGUAUACAAUUGUGGUGUACUUUUAAGUACAACUUAAAAGUAGUAAUACAUUUCUAUUUUUAAUUUUUUUAGUGUUGCAGGAAACAGAUGGAAAUGUUAGCAUUGAAGAGAUAUCUCACAUGCCUGAAGUUGAACAACAUUUGAUUCAAGAUGUUGAUG